AUGUUCAAAAAGGUGAAAAAGGUGUUUAGAUUUAUAAAACCUAAAAAAUAAAAGGCUUCUAAUACUGAGGAUUUUGAAUUGAAGCGUAAAACAACUGUUCUCCAAUAUGAUGAGACGCUUAAAACAAAAUUCACAUAGGAAAGCACUAUUGAUACGUAGAAGAACAAAGAGUAUGAAGAGUACGAAGUAUAGUAAGAGGAUUCACUGAUUGGGAUAGCUUUAAAAUUUGAUAUGAGCGUGGAGCUAUUGAAAAGGAUAAAUAAUUUGAGCAGCGAAUUCAUUGUUCAAGGAAUGGUGUUGAAGGUCUUUAAAUAAGAUCAUGAGGAUAGUGCAGAGGAUGAGUAUAGCGAGGAGGAGGAAGUGGAAUAAAUGGAAUAAGACAUAUGGAAGCAGUAAAUCAAGCAAUACAAUAAUAUUCUCAUGUAUUAUUGUAUGGAUGAUUAGAAUGUUAAAGGAUAAAUGACUGUAAGAGAAGAUAUGAUUCUUUUCGAUAGCAAUCAGGUUCAACAGCAAGCAGGCAAGAGGAUAAUGAAUAAUGCAUGCAUUUCUAUUAAUGAUAUCAAUGAAGCCAUAGUUCAUAUCUUACCUAAUGCAAAUGAUUAAAAAGAUUAUUUGAUCUAAAUUUUAUUGAGUGGGAUUGGUAGAGUAGAAUUUGAGAAGAAAUUCAGGAAGAAACUCCAGAAGUUCAAAAAAUAAAAAAAGAGCAUUGCAACUAUAUUUUUCAGAUAUUAAGAGAGAUAUGAGUCAGGCCAGCUAAUUCCAGAAGAAGUAAAGAGAGAUAUGUGUAAGUCGAUCACUGAGUUUAUUAACCAUUCAGUCUAAAAUUUGAAGGAUCAAUAGGAUGUUAUUAAUUUAACUAAACUGCCUUAUAUAGAUUUAAUUGAUGAAAGUAAUCACUAUUAGCAAUUAAUCUAAAAGUAAGAAUUGGAUAAUGUGAUUGGAAAGAGAAUGGGAAGAUUAUGGGCAAGUAUUUCAUAUGUUCCCAAAUAUAAAGCCAAUUCGAAAUGUUUAAAUGAAAGUCUCUAUAAAUAAUUAAUUGAAUUGAUACCUGCUAUAUAUCGAUUGUCCAAUUGGAGUAUCAAAUUCACUAUAGAUAACGAUGGGUCUAGUUAUGAACAAUUGCUACUCUCAUUGUAAUAUCAGAAUCCAUUCUUUUUCACAAUCAAGGAUAAGGAUGGAAAGGUGUUUGGAGCAUAUGUUUCAUCUGAAUUGUAGGGUUCAAAGAAGGGAUUCCAUGGAACUGGAGAAACAUUCUUAUUCUAAUAAGAUGAGUUGCAAAUGAUUCCAUAUUAUUGGAAGGAGACAAACAAUGAUUUUGUUUAUUGUGAUUCAGAUGGAUUUUGUGUUGGUUGCGGUCCUUCAUUUGGGAUAUUUGUUGAUUCGAAGUUAUAUUUUGGCUAUAAUAAUCCAUGUUCAACUUUUGAAAAUCCAAGAUUCACCUAAAAUGAAAAAUUUUUAAUUUAGCAUUUCGAAGUUUGGGUAAUUGAAUAAUUAUGA